AUGUCGGAAUUCUCCAACCUAACGGGCAAAUUUCGAAUCCGCAAGGACGCAAGUGGCGCCUCUAAAAGACCGCGCGAAUCCCAAGUGUGCACCCAGUGCCGCAAGGCAAAACUUCGCUGUGAUCUUCAAAGACCGUGUGGCUCGUGUGAAAGAAAAGAUGAAGCAGCACUUUGCUCCUAUCAGCGUACUUUUCCCGGACUCAAUCAGCCCGAUACGGCGGAGGAUCGGCUUGCGCAUUUAGAGUCACUGGUCAAGGGUUUAAUGCAAGACUCAACCUCAACCUCUGCUUCAUCUAACCUUUCCGUCAACCACCCAAUGCCUCUCCUCGGACUUGAAUCAAAUGGUUUCGAUCCACGGGUACCAGCUCAGAUCGCAGAUGGCGAAAAUAGAGCUAGAUAUGUUGGCUCGACUCAUUGGUCUGCAAUACUUGAUGAUAUCCAAGGUUUGAGAGCCGCGUUAAGCCAGCACGAUGACUCUCCCGAGCCUGAUUCGGGUAGUAGGUCGUCGGCAACACCGGCCAUCGGCAGGGAUAUGAUUAUAUUCGGAUCUCCAAGCAACUACUCUAUGGAAACGAUCAUCUCGCAGUACUUAUCUCCAAAGAUCGAAAUCGACCGGCUGCUCGCUGUCUACUUCCAAGGAGAAACAUUUAUCAUUCCUUUCAUUCAUACAUUUCAGUUCCAGCGGCAGUAUCGCGCAUUCUGGGAAGAUCCGGGAGCUUCGAAUCCUCUCUGGUUGUCAAUGCUCUUCUCUAUCUGCUCAGUGGCGAGUAUGGUUCGCGGUACCGUUGGAAUUGCCCCGACGACACGAGAAGAUGUCCUUGCCGAGGUCUCCCACUUCCAAGAAGCAGCGGGGAAAUGUCUCGUCAAGGGCGAAUACCAUCGGCCACAGCGAUAUGUGCUUGAAGCCUUGACUCUUUAUGCGCACUGUAUUAAUAUGCAAAGUCUUGAUCCGUCCCGGGAAGUCGGUGCUAUCUUUGGCAUGAUUGUGCGAAUGGCAUACGAGAUGGGAUACCACCGAGAUCCAGAUUCCCUAGGGUCUUCUAUGAGUGUGUUCGAAGGGGAAAUGCGUCGGCGUUUCUGGGCCCUUUGUAUACAGAUUGAUCUCAUGGUUUCUUUCCAGCUGGGUCUUCCUAGCAAUAUCUGUCCCGAGAACUGUGAUACGCGGUCACCGCGAAACCUGUUAGACUCCGACUUUGACGAAGACACUCAGGUUCUACCACCCUCUCGCUCCGAAACCGAAGCUAUCGGUCUAUUAUGGUUCAUUGUGAAGGAUCGCCAGAUGGUCAGCUUUGGAAAAGUAUGUCGCGAUACGCUGAGCUUCACGGAGAAAUCCGAACCCGAGAUCCUGCAACUCGACAACGAAAUUCGGCGCAUGUAUACGACUAUCCCGGAAAUUUUACGAACGCGUCCUCUAGCGGACUCGAUCUCUGAUCCCCCAUUUCUCGUGAUGACUCGCAUCUACGUGGAAUUUAUCUAUCUGAAGAGCCUGUGUGUGUUUCAUCGCAAGUACAUGACUCGAGGAAAUCUGUUCAGUACGAGAUCUUGCGUGGAGGCGGGCCAGCGACUGGUCAGCCAGUUCAUCGAGAUAUAUCGAGAAUUUUCAUCUGGUGGUCAACUCCAUCGAGAACGGUGGAUGCUCACUAAUUUCACAAUGAAUGAUUUUCUAUUAGGGGCCAUGGUGCUUUGUCUGGCGAUCCAUAUUCAUACUCGUGGGAAGAACUUGAAUCCCGGUCAAUCGGUCCUUGAUCCUGCGACUGCAGAUUCAAUCCUGUCCCUUUUGAGGCAGGCCCAUACCAUCUGUAUUGAGAAAUCCCCCGCCAGUCGAGAUGCGCGGUAUGUCGCACAGGCGAUCAUGACCACUUUGAACAAGCAAAAUCAAGAAUCGACGACUGAAAUCAAGUCACGGGGCCCACCAUUGCUGUCACAGAGUGAGAGUGAUCCAUUCUACCUCGGUUGGUUGGACCCUUUUCAAGCAGGUGAUGAAGGCGUGGGUUUAGAUUGGAGUUUGUUGGACUCAGUUCUGGUUCUGGAACCGGAGAUCACACGCUAG